AUGUUUAAUGUGUUGUUUUCGUUGGCAAGCGAUGGAGGAUCACAAUCACCGUGCGCAUCACCAGGAAGUUCCAGUCGAGACCAUCUGCUCAACACAGUUUAUAAACAGCAUCGAUUAAGACAACGAGUUCUCGAACCAUACAGACGUAUUAAGAAUGCGCUGAAGAAGAUGCAAACUGAGUAUUCUCAGUCCAAGGAGAACAACAUGUUUGCGAGGUAUAUGCGAAUGCAAAGUAUGAUCCAUGAGGUAACAAUAUUGGAAAAACAGUAUUGGCAACUACUUGACAUACCAGGACCGGGUGCAUCCGAACCGGCCACCGACUAUGUUAUACGGGUGAUGGAAAUAUUGGACGAUGUAAAGUCAGCUCCACAACGAACCGGUAUCGCUGGUUUGUUGAGUGCGACAUUUAAUGUGGAUAAAACCAGGGACGCGACUCUCUUUGACUCUAUAAAAAAAAUGUCAACCGCUGAGCUGCGAAAAGAAUGUGAUCGAAUGUAUUUGGAUUUGUACAAAUUAAUUAAAAAGUAUUUAAGUUUAAGAAAAAUAGUGAAAAAUUUGUAUUCCGAUUAUCGUGCCUCAAGAUUCCUUCCGAUGGUGCCCAGAUAUACACUCCUCAAAGCAAUGAUUAAAAAUGUUUUAAGGGCACCUGCAUUCGCAGAAGUCUGUCACGAAACAACUGAGUAA